AUGUCUUUUUCAAAUUUGGUCUCCGACAUUGCUUUUCGUGAUGCUCGUGUGGAUGAUGGCAGCUCGCAAAUCUCUCACGCCCGAUCUCACCGGUCUCAUGCGACCGCUCGGUCGUAUGCCAGCACCGCAGCCACAAGCGUCAGCAUUUCUGGCGAAGUUUCCAGCCAGCUACACUCCGGAUACAGCCAUCCCCUGACCAGAGCAUGGCAGGCUGAUAGGCAAUUGACAAAGGAUAUGCUCAUCUAUCCAUUGUUCAUCACAGACAACCCUGACGAGGAGACAUCAAUUCCUUCGUUGCCCAAUCAAUACCGCCGUGGAAUUAAUCGCCUGGUUCCUUUUCUUGCCCCCCUUGUUCGGAAAGGGCUGCGCUCAGUAAUGCUAUUUGGUGUUCCGCUUCAACCGUCCGCCAAAGAUGCACUGGGAACCGCCGCAGAUGACCCAGAUGGUCCUGUGAUUCAAGCUAUUCGUCUUCUCCGGUCUCGUUUCCCUCAACUUUAUAUCACAACCGAUGUAUGUCUCUGCGAGUAUACCUCGCACGGUCACUGCGGUAUCUUACGAGAAGAUGGAACCCUUGACAAUGCGCAAUCCGUCGACCGGAUCUCCGAUGUAGCUAUUGCCUACGCAGCGGCUGGAGCUCACUGCGUGGCCCCAUCAGACAUGAACGACGGAAGAAUCCGGGCUAUCAAGCUCAAGUUGAUUGAAGCUGGUAUGGCACACCGUGUACUUUUGAUGUCUUACAGUGCCAAAUUCAGCGGCUGCUUAUAUGGACCGUUCCGUGAUGCGGCUGGGUCAUGUCCCUCAUUCGGGGAUCGUCGGUGCUAUCAGCUUCCCCCAGGCGGCCGCGGUCUUGCCCGACGUGCGAUACAGAGAGAUAUGGCCGAAGGUGCAGAUAUUAUCAUGGUCAAGCCAGCCAGCAGCUACCUUGAUAUCAUCCGGGAUGCCAAGGAUUUGGCACCGGAUCUUCCAGUGGCCGCCUACCAAGUCAGUGGUGAAUUUGCAAUGAUCCACGCCGCUGCCAAGGCUGGUGUCUUCAAUCUCAAGGAUAUGGCCUUCGAAAGCACCGAAGGCAUAUUGAGAGCAGGCGCUGGGAUUGUGAUCAGUUAUUUCGUCCCGGAAUUCCUCGACUGGCUUUAG